UUUCAAAUGAGGGUUUCCAGGAUCGUGCUCCAGAUUACGAGCGGUCUUCGCCACUGCACUCGACCGGUUAAAGGAAUACUAUUAAUAGAUAUCGGCCCUGCGGGUGUAUUAUCGGAGACUGACGCUAUAUAUGCUGUGCGGGACCUUGGAGAGACACGACAACCAACCCGAUCCACAUCAGAAGAUCAGGAGUCGAUGUCAAUAUCGAAUCCACUGCUUGUCCGUGAAGCACCAUGGACACCACCCUCGGCACCAAUGACAACCUCAUGGGGCUACGUACAUCGUGCGAUCGCUGCCGAUCUCAGAAGCUGCGAUGUGUCCCGCUGUCAAAAACCGACCCCACUGGGCCCUGUCAACGAUGCUCCAAGUCAAAGGAGCCCAGGCCAUGCGUCUUCAGUCAACGGCUUCGUACAGGCCGCCAGAAGAAGACAGCGGACAACCAGCAAGUCAUGCCUCGGAAGAGCAAGACAAAAUUCGCGCAGUCCUUACCGGGAAUGAGUGCAUUUUCAUUGUCCACCUCGGUGUCCCGUGAGAGCUCUGUUGCUGGGGAUACACCAGUGUCUUCUGGCACCCCGAGGCUGAGGUGGCAGUUAGAAGAAAAGACAGCUUCUGUCGACAGUACACAAGACGAAUCGACCAUGACCGGUGUAUGGGAUCACGACGGCUUCCUCGACUCGGCACUGGUGUUUGCAUCUCCACCCUCCUCCAGUUACCCUGACGACUUCUGCGCUGAUAUGGAGGCCUUCCUCGGCGUCGGGAACCUGCUCCGAACGCCACAAGACACAAUAAACACUGAUUUGGGAGGAGACUUGGCCGUUAUGGAACCGGCCCAGAGACCAGGUGGGCCAUUGAUCGGUUUAGCCAGCCUGCUGCCGAUUAUGUCCCGUUACGAGAGCCAGCUACACGAAUAUGGAGGUGAAUUGGACAACUAUCCCAUCGGAGAUGCGCUCUUCCUCUGCCAGCGCUUUCAUGCGGUCCUUUCCAGCCAAUGUCACCUCCCAUCCACAAGCGCACGGGUCCAAAUGGAUAUGCCGACGAAGCUCCUCACACUCUCGUGCUACAUGAUUCUGACGCGUAUAUACUCGCUCAUAUUUAAAUACAUGCAACAAUCUCUGGGCAAUUUGCCCAACACACAUUCUCUGCACGACGAUGGCGGAGCCGCGGGGCUCUUCAUGGAGGACAUCCAUGCAUACCAAGGGCUCCGGCUAGGUCAACUGCAACAGACUUGUUUUUGUGGUGGCUGUGAAGCGGCAACGCGGACAAAGAAAGCUGUGUCGAUGUUGCUUGACGCACUAGGAAGCAUCGAGGGGGCCCUUGGUUUGCCGUCCGAUGGGAGAGUGACAAUUGAGACAUCUACCGAUGAAAACAUCACCCCCAAUAGGAAUAGAAGAGACAGGACGCAGUUGCUGGACGAAGGACUGAUGGCAGGCCUGAUUAAUGGACGGCUACACAAGACAGUGAGGGGCCAAGUGAGAGAGCUGCGAGCGACGAUCGAGGAAGUUGAGGACUUGCUAAAUAGUCUUUUAUGAUGUAACCGAUAAACUAUGAUGAACCUAGAUAUGUUUGACACGAAAGAGGAGUGGAUACUGGGUGCUUUGCAUGCGUCUGCAUGGGGAGGAUGUAUGAAUGAGAGCUCUUGAGCACACAACAUAUCGGGACUAUGCAAUACCAAAGCUACAAGGUAUCAC